AGAGUUGGUGCGAGGUAAUGUAAAAUAUAAAAUUUCCUAUGUAAAGUUCGUAGAACCUUCACGUUCUACCCCGACGUCUUCUCCCAUGCAUUGGAGCCAUUGACUGGGAGAGAGAGUCAACCUGAGGUUUUAUGGAGAUCGAAGAAGAAUAGGAGAACAACCAGCCAGAGUCCUCCUGCCUCUACUUGUACGACCUCUCUCACACUCCCUCCUGAUCCUAAGCUUCUUCUUUAGCCAUGGAUUCCGAUGAGUCCCCUAAACCAAUUAAAGGGGUUUUCAUAAUCUCUCUUCCACCACCAGACAACCCCUCACUUGGCAAAACCAUCACUGCCUUCACUUUCUCCAACAACCCCCAAUCCCAAACCCAAAACCAUGACCAACAAAACCAUCGAAACAUCCACCAAGACGCUCCUCUCCCACCUCCAAACCCUCCAAGUCAACUUUCAUUCUCAAUCAGCAGACCCUUCCUCGUCACCCCAAGAAAGCUCCUGGGCUUUCUGGGUAUCUCUCUUUUUGCUCUUGUCCUUUAUAGUUCUGUAUCUUCUCAGACCCUCCGAGAAUCUCGCGGCUCAGAGGAUGAUCCUAGACCCACGUCGUUUCUCUUUCCUUUGUACCCAAAAUGGGGGACUCCACAAGUGGAUGUGAAGCUGAAGUUGGGGAGGCUUGUGGGUAUUGAUAAAGGGGAUAUGGUUUCUCCAAUUGAGGAUGGGAGGGAAUCCCACAUGAAAUUGUUUGCUUCUAAGGCAAAAGUUGAUUCCACUUCCAUUUUACCUGUCAGAGGCAAUAUACAUCCAGAUGGAUUGUAUUACACAUACAUACUUGUUGGUAGUCCUCCAAAGCGUUAUUUUCUUGACAUGGAUACAGGGAGUGACUUGACGUGGAUACAGUGUGAUGCUCCUUGCACUAGCUGCGCUAAGGGACCAAAUGCUUUGUACAAGCCAACAAGAGGCAACAUAGUACUUCCCAAGGACCUCUUGUGCAUGGAAGUUCCUAGAAAUCAAGAGGCUGGAUAUUGUGAAAGUUGCCAACAAUGUGACUAUGAGAUUCAAUAUGCAGAUAAAAGCUCCUCUUUAGGGGUUCUUGCUAGAGAUGAGCUUCAUCUAAUGAUGGCAAAUGGAUCAUGGACCAAUUUAAAUGUUGUUUUUGGGUGUGCAUAUGAUCAGCAAGGAUUACUUUUAAAUACUCUGGCAAAGACCGAUGGUAUCCUCGGGCUAAGCAGAGCUAAAGUUAGCUUACCUUCCUAGUUGGCAAACAAGGGAAUCAUUAACAAUGUGGUCGGUCAUUGUCUUACCGCUGAUGCAGGUGGUGGAUAUAUGUUCUUAGGUGAUGAUUUUGUGCCGCAAUGGGGUAUGGCAUGGGUCCCUAUGCUUAAUAGCCCUUCCAUAGAUUCUUAUCAUACAGUGAUCGUGAGAAUGAAUUACGGAAGCAGGCUUCUCAAAUUAGGUGUGGCAGACAGCAGAGCAGGACGUGUAGUUUUUGAUAGUGGUAGUUCUUUUACAUAUUUUACGCAACAAGCGUAUUCUGAUUUAGUUGCUUCUCUUGGAGAUGUCUCUGGGUUAAGACUCAUCCAAGAUACAUCAGAUCCAACAUUGCCUAUUUGUUGGCGAGCUAAAUUCCCAAUCAGAUCUGUGAUGGAUGUUCAGCAUUUCUUUAAGACUAUAACCCUUCAGUUUGGGAGCAAAUGGUGGAUUGUUUCCACAAAGCUUCAAAUUCCUCCAGAGGGCUACUUGAUCAUUAAUAACAAAGGCAAUGUGUGCUUGGGUAUCCUUGAUGGAAGCGAAGUACAUGAUGGAUCAACAAUUAUACUUGGAGACGUCUCAUUGCGCGGGCAACUGGUUGUAUACGACAAUGUGAACCAGAAAAUCGGCUGGACACGAUCAGAUUGCAUCAGGUCGCGAAGAUCGAAGAGUCUCCACUUCGUUUGAUGGGGAUAGGUGUACUUAUUAAGGGACAAAGUAGACAGGUUUCCUUUGUACAUACCCGGUUCAACAUUUGUACGUACUGGGUUCAACAUUUGCUUUCUUUUGUGAAUAUCUUAUAUGCUCCCCCGGUCUCAAAAUGAUUGUGUAGUUUUAAAUGUUAGGAUUAUUCUAAAAAGUACAAAGUUAAAAGAAAAAAGGUUUCUAAAAUGUCA